AUGUCAGACGUGCGCCUUUCCAAUGCCAGUCCGCCGCUGGAGAGGGUCGACGCGCGGCAGCAGGACCGCGUCCGACCCCCGGUGUGCAGGAACCUCUUCGGCACACCUGACCCGGACGAGAUCCGGGCCCGUUUGGCGGCAACGCUGCAGGAUGACGUGCGCUCGUUCGUGGACCGCUACAAUUUCGACCCGGUCCAAGAUCGACCGCUCCCGCGCGGGGACGUAGAGUGGACGGAGACGCGGGAGGCUCCGGAGUUCUACUCCAGGCCGCCGCACAGGAGGAGGAGGCGGCGGCGGCCGCCGGCGGAAGAUUCCGUGGAGUCGCCUCGGAACCAAAACAUAGACUCUUCGAUGAAAAGACCGUCGGAUGCUGCAGGUCUGUCUAGCGAGUGCCCGACGAAGCGGUCGCAUUCCAGGGGGGACGAUGACGACGAGCCGCCCCCUGACGCUGGAGGUCCGUCGGGGGAGGUCUAG